AUGUGUUGGAUUGUCGUGGAGUCUGCCCUACUUUGUGCCUUUGAUGCUGAGUUAGAGAAAGCUGAAAUGAUUUUGACUCAGGUUCUAGACCGAUGUCCUCACCACGAAAGGGCACUCAAGGGAAAAGAGUUUCUGGAGCAGCGGAAGAUAUGGUACUCGAUUCCGUCGAUGAUAGACGAAUGUGAAAUCGAUGCUGUUUUGGAAAGGCUUACACACGCACAGUCUCUGGAAUCCUUUUUCCCGCAGGUACGUGUUGACUUGGCCAGAAUGAAAGGGAACGUCUUCUGUAAGCUUGGACGGCUGCAAGAAGCAUGUGACUGUUUCCUCGAUGUUCUGGAUAAGGACGAAGAUCAAGAUGACUGUAGGUUAAGACUGGCAUUGUGUCUCUUGCUGCUUGGCAGACACGGUGAAGCUACGGUCCAUCUUGAGAAAUUAGAUGAAGAUCAAGAAGAUGUGGAAGCUUUGAUCUCUGCUGCCGAAACCCUGGAAAGAAUGGAACGCCAUGGCUGCCCCUACGACAUCCUAGGCGUUGCAGAGGAUGCUGCUUUGAAGGAAAUAGAAAAGUCCUACAGGAAGCUGGCCCUCAAGAGCCACCCUGAUAAGUUCCAAGGGUCUCAGGCAGAGCGAGAACAAGUGAAUGAAAUCAUGCAAAAGAUCAACUACGCUAACGACAUCCUACGUGACGCUGACGAAAGAGAGGAAUACAACACUCUCAGGGGCUUCGUCAAGGACGUUGCGGAUAAGCUGUUCGAAGAUCCCAAGUUUCCCGAUGAAUCCGAUGAUGAAGAAGAAGAUGAGUCAGAACUGUCUGAGGAAGAGGAAGAAUGUGAUGAAGAGGACGAAGAGGACGAAGAGGAAGAAUGUUAA